GGCGAGACUCCAUCUUCCUUCUUGCCGCCAGGACCCUCAGCGAGCAGUCGAGUCCAACAGCGAACAGCACCGUUCGCGUUCCCUCUUUUGACUCCUUCUCGCUAAAAGCGUUCCCUGCCGCCAUGUCGAAGGCCACGAAGCGCAUCCGCAUCUUCACUGCGGAGGACGUCGCCGAGCACAAGACGGCGGAAAGCACCUGGGUCACGUACAAGGACAGGGUGUACGACAUCACCCAAUUCCUCCCCGACCACCCUGGCGGCGAUGAUAUCGUCCUCAAGUACGCCGGGAAGGCUGUUGACGAGAUCAUGAAGGACCCCCUCGAGCACGAGCACUCGGAUAGCGCGUACGACGUGCUGUCCGACUACCAGAUUGGCAAGCUCGGUACGGAAGAGACGAUCGUCAAGGAGGACUGGGAGGCUACUGAGGAAGUGCACCCGGAUAACACGGACGAGUUCGAAGACUACGAGAAGUUCCAGUUCAUUGACCUGCGCAAGCCUAUGGUCAUGCAGGUCUUGCGUGCGGGAUGGAGGCACGUAGGGCGCUAUGGCUGCGCGAUUCUCAAAUCGUACUACCUGAAGCAAGUGCACCAGCCGCGCCAUCUCCCCCACCCCGCGCGUUUCUUCGGGCCUGACGUCCUCGAGAUGUUCACCCGCACCAAUUGGUAUGUCAUCCCCAUCGUCUGGCUGCCCAUCGCCGCGUACCUCGGCCUGCGCUCCGUCUUCCAAUUUUCGGGCCCCAUCCCCGCCUUCACGACGAACCCGCGCCUCCCGAUGGCCGCGCUCUCGAGCCUGCCCGCGUCUUCGUUCCUCAAGACCGGCAUCUGCUUCGUGAUUGGCAACAUCAUCUGGACGUUCCUCGAGUACCUCCUCCACCGCUUCCUCUUCCACCUCGAUUACUACCUGCCGGACCACCCGCUCGCGCUCAUGCUGCACUUCCUCAUGCACGGCGUGCACCACUAUUUGCCGAUGGACCGCCUGCGGCUGGUGAUGCCGCCGGUGCUGUUCACGCUGCUGCAGUCGCCGUUCACGAAGCUUGCGCACGCGUUGUUCCCGCCGGCUGUGGCGAAUGGGAUCAUCUCGGGCGCAUUUACAUUCUAUGUCCUGUAUGACUGCACGCACUAUGCGCUCCACCACACGAAGCUCCCGAAGUACUGGACCGAGCUCAAGAAGUACCACCUUGCCCACCACUACAAGAACUUCGAUCUUGGCUAUGGUGUGACCAGUGCCUUCUGGGACAAGGUCUUCGGCACUUACCUGCCGGUGUAAGCUUGCGCACGGUCGCUGCCCGCGCGCAUGUUUCCCAUCCGCGUAGAGGAUGCCACCCAUGCACGCUCAGCAAAAUGGUCCAUGCAGUUGUCUUUUGGGAUUUUACCAGGGAGUUCGCUCCCUCGAUAUGUACCGGUCUCCUCGUCGUUCCCCCCAUACCACUACCCUACGCUAAGUCCAACUGUAACUGUCAUUAUUGACUUCCUCUCCUUGUACGGCAAUUGUGAGUGCGUGAGUGGUGUCAGGAU